UCUUCUUAAAGCUUCAUUCAUCCAACACUUGUUGCUUCAAACUGCGUUUCCAUAUUCUGUUCUGCUUCCACUUGUUUAACAUGAAAACACCUCAUCCUCACUACCAUGAUGAUGAUUGAUGCUACUUUCCUAAUCAGUAGUUAGCUUAGGAAAGAUGCAAAGCUUCAACACAACAACCGAAUCAGAAUCAAUUUCACCACUCUAUUGCCAUUCUCCCUUCUUUCACCGGGGAAAUGACACCAGCCGAAAUCCAUCGCGUUUCUCGGAUCUUCAGCAUUCUUUUCGACAACACGAUGCCGUUGAUUUAAGCUCAAGUUCUGUGUUUGGUGGAAAGUCGAGCAAUGUGGCUGUUGUUGCAAGCAACUUACAGUGUGGGACAUUCAACACGAACCUUGGGUGUGCAGAAUUUGAUUCCACCGAGCAGGGACCUAUGUUUCAGAGAGGAACAACUGUGUCCAUGGCCACGGGGAACCAGCAUGUUGAGAACUGGGCAGAUGAUGGCCACCCCACUGAAGAUACUUGCACUGAUAUAGACACCGAUGAUAAAAAUCAAUGUUUCUCAACUGUGUCUUGGUGCAAUGGAGUUGGGGACGGGGCACUUGUAGUUGUGGACUCUCAUGAUCAAAGUAAGACUAGGGUUAAAGCUGAAGACCAGAAGACUGUUCGUAGGCUAGCUCAGAAUCGGGAGGCUGCGAAGAAGAGUCGGUUGAGGAAAAAGGCAUAUGUGCAACAAUUGGAGAACAGCCGAGUUAGGCUUGCGCAAUUAGAGCAAGAACUUCAACGGGCACGUCAGCAGGGUGCAUUUAUUGCAACUGGAAUCCCGGGGGAUCGCGGUCAUUCUAGUGUUGCAAAUGGUGCUUUAGCAUUUGACAUGGACUAUGCCCGUUGGGUUGAUGAGCAUCAACGGUUGAUCAUUGAUAUAAGAUCAGCUAUAAAUUCUCAAAUGGGUGAGAAUGAACUGCACCUUCUUGUAGAUGGAGCCAUGGCACAUUAUGAUGAAUUAUUUAGGUUGAAGAGCAUAGGGGCAAAGGUUGAUGUAUUUCACAUACUUUCUGGGAUGUGGAAGACACCAGCAGAAAGAUGCUUCAUAUGGCUCGGUGGAUUUCGUUCAUCUGAACUUCUCAAGAUAGUUAGAAACCAGCUUGAGCCGUUAACCGAACAGCAGUUGAUGGGCAUUUACAAUCUGCAGCAGUCUUCCCAGCAGGCAGAGGAUGCAUUAUCACAAGGCAUGGAAGCAUUGCAGCAGUCUCUUUCAGAGACACUUUCGUCCUCCUCUCUAGGGCCCUCUGGUUCUGAAAAUGUUGCUGAGUACAUGGGCCAAAUGGCAAUUGCAUUGGGCAAGCUUGCCACACUAGAGAAUUUCCUUCAUCAGGCUGACCUAUUGAGGCAACAAACUCUGCAACAGAUGCGUCGAAUUUUGACCACGUGCCAAGCUGCUCGUGCUCUCCUUGUGAUAAAUGAUUACGUUACACGGCUUAGAGCUCUUAAUUCAUUAUGGUUAGCGUGUCCCAGAGAGUACUAGGUGCCACACUGAGGAACAAUACUUGUUUACCAUGAUAUAAUCUUCUCGGGAAGUUGCUACUUACUGCAUCUUGAUCUGUACAAGUUUUAACUUCUGAGAAAUUUGUAUAUUAUUGGCAUGUUCAAGCGGAUGUUGUGCCAAUGUUAUGCGUAGAAAUAGAAUCACGUAGGCGUAAAUGCAAAUCAUUGUCACCUUUCCACUUACUACUAGAUAGCAUCACGUUUUUUUUAUAUAUAAAAUCAUCAUAGUUUUGGUGUUUAA